GACUGGGAGGGGCCAGGGCCCAAGACAACAGCUGGGUUGGUCUUCAAGAGAGGCCAUCUGACUGGCUGCCCUGCCUAUGCUGCCCACACCCCCUCUCCUCUACCAGGCUGCACAGGAGCUGGUGCCCACACAAAAGUCCACCCGGCACAACGCCUGCCACACCUUCAGCACCUCUGGGUGCCUGUGUCCACAAGGACACAGAUUCUCACAUCAGCUCAGACCUCACUGCUGCUGACUGAGGAGCCCACUGAGGUUCCCUGGGGAAGGGCAAAUAGAAGCUUGCUGAACCAUGUCUGUGAGCCGUGGAGAGAUGGGGCCAUCACUAACGCAGGAAAUCCUCAGCCACCUGGGCCUUGCCAACAAGACUGCAGCAUGGGGGACCCUGGGCACUCUCAGGACCUUCUUGAGCUUCAGUGUGGACAAGGAUGUCCAGAAGCUACUGAGAGCCAUAACAGGCCAAGGUGUAGACCACAGUGCCAUCAUUGAAGUGCUGACCAAUCGCAGCAGAGAGCAGAGGCAGCUCCUUUCCCGAGCUUUCUGGGAGCGCACCCAGCAGGACCUGCUGAAGUCCCUGCAGGCGGCUCUCUCUGGAAACCUGGAGAGGAUUGUGGUGGCCCUGCUGCAGCCUUUGGCCCAGUCUGACGCCCAGGAACUGAGGACAGCCUUAAAGGCCUCAAGCCCUGCUAAGGAUGUAGCCUUGGAAAUUCUUGCCACCCGAGCUCCGCCCAGGCUGCAGGAGUGCCUGCAAGCCUAUAAACGUGAUUUCCAGGUGGAAGCUGAGGAGGACAUCAAGUCUGGGACCAGUAGCAUCUUGCAGGACCUGCUCCUGGCCCUGGCCAAGGGCAGUCGUGAGAGCUACUGUGGCAUCACUGACUACAAUCUGGCAGAGCAAGAUGUCAAGGUGCUACAGCAGGGGGAAGGGCCUGGCAAGGAAGAUCCAUGGGUCCAGAUCUUCUCCCAGCGCAAUCCAGAACACCUCAGGCGAGUGUUUGAUCUGUACCAGUGGCACACUGGGCAAGCGCUGGAGGAGGCUGUGCGAGACCGUUUCCAUGGAGAUGCCCAGGUGGCCCUGCUCACUCUAGCCUCAGUGGUCAGGAACACGCCGCUGUACUUUGCUGACAAACUUCACCAGGGCCUCCAGGAAACUGAGCCCAAUUACCAAGUCUUGACGCGCAUCCUUAUCUCUCGAAGUGAGAUUGACCUUCUAAGCAUCCGAGCAGAGUUCAAGAAGAAAUUUGGGAAGUCCCUCUACUCUUCUCUCCAGGUGAAACAGCCAGGAGCCCUCAGUUUCUCUCCUUGCCGCCACCCCUGACAGACGCUUGCCGCUGAGCAUCUACGCCCUGCCUGACACAGUGAAAGGAGAUUGCCAGCAGGCCCUGCUAGCCCUGUGCAGAGCUGAAGACCUUUGAGACCGCCUUGCCUUCCACCUCACAGCAACAUUUAAGAAACUGUAAGUCCUUGUUUGGCUGAGCCUGCAGGAGACCAGCUCAGCCUCCAAACAGGAUAACCUUGCACACACACAGCACCACAUGCACCAGCUCCUUGUUGAGAUCAGGACGCUGCGUUUCUUUCAGAUUCCUUAAUUCAAGCCUGGGGAUUUAGCUCAGCAGCAUAAGCGCCUGCCUGGCAAGCACAAGGUCCUGAGUUUGAUCCCCAGUACCAAAAAAAUAAACACAUAAAUUCCUUAAUUCCCCCUAUCUCAAAAUAA